GAAGAUUAGUUUAUAAUUAAUCGUAUAUCCUUUUAUUCUUUUUUUUAUUACAUAAAGUCUUCAAAUUAUAUUUUCACUUGCUAGUAUGUAUAUUUCAAUACACAAAAUAAGUAUUUACAAGACAAGAACAACAUUACUUUAUUAGAUCAAUUACCUGUCUUUGCAAAACCGGUUUUAAAUGAAAAUAUAAAAAAAAUCAAGUGAGAACCCGAGAGAACAUUUCAACGUCGAACGUCUUGGUCUCAACUCAACUAUAAUAACUUUCUCCCGGGAGUUUAUUAUUUACUUCCAAUUUUUACAGCUGAUGUCUAUCAAUAGAGAGGUUACAAAGUCCACUGAUAAAAAUAAUAACAUGUUGCGUGGAAUGUUAAAAAAAAUGGGUGGACCUCGAAUUGUAUUUUUAGAGCCCUAUGUUAGCUCUUUUCAAGUGACGAGCAACUAUGCGUCAGUUAGUCUUGGAUCAAAUAAGCAGGAUUUGCCAAGAUUACCUGUACCAAAGCUAAAGGACACUCUCCAAAAAUAUUUGAAGUCAAUUAAGCCCUAUUUGUCUGAACAAGAGUUUGCAGUUACUGCAAAUCUUGUAGAAGAUUUUGCAUCUGCUGAUGGUGUUGGACACAAAUUACAAGCUUUAUUGGAACAACGAGCGGAAAGUCAUCUUAACUGGUUGGAAGAGUGGUGGUUAAACACAGCUUACUUGGAGUACAGAGACCCAGUCGUGGUAUAUUCUAGUCCAGGAUUAGUGUUCCCGUUUCGAAACUUCUGUAAUCAAGAGGAUCAAUUAAAGUAUGCCGCGAAGACGUUGUUGGCUGCUCUUGAAUAUAAACAUUUGAUAGAUAAUGAUAAAAUUCCUACAGAAAUGAUGGGUAAGAAUCCUUUGGAUAUGUCUCAAUACAAAAAAAUAUUUGGGACAUGCAGAAUACCCAUAAAAGGCAGAGAUAAAUUGUCCUUCAAUGACAGUAAGCAUGUUUCUGUCUUCCACAACAAUCAUAUUUUCCAUGUAGAUCUCUGGGGAAGUGAUAACGUUUUGUUGAAUGAGGAGCAAAUUGUUCACCAACUUCAGAAGGUUAUAGACUUGUCGACGAAAUCCGCAGAGGUAUCAAUUGGUAUACUGACAUCAGAAAAUAGAGAUACAUGGGCUCAAGCAUACGAACUGCUUGGAAAAGAUGAAGUUAAUGUAAAAUCUCUGGCUGAUGUGGAAAAGAGUAUAGCAGUUUUAUGCCUAGACCAACCUGUUGGCCUUUGGUGUCAUAAUGAUAAGGAUAAGAUGCAAAAUGUUGCCGCGGGUCAAACGAUACAUGGUGGAGGAUCUGAGAGUAAUGGCGGCAAUAGGUGGUUUGACAAGACUGUUCAGUUCAUUGUCGGCGCUGACGGUGUGACCGGACUAACAUACGAACAUUCACCCGCUGAAGGACAGCCGAUAGCCGUUCUAACGGAUUAUAUUAUAAAUUAUAUUGAGAAAGAAAACAAGCCGACAUCUUCGUCAGCUAGUCCUAUUGAACCGGUACAGUUAAAAUUCCAAGUGAAUGAUGAUGUAAGGAGAAUGAUUCGAACAGCCAGAGAAAAUUUGGACAAAUUGGUUAAUAAUCUCGAGUUGAAUUGUUUCACUUACGACAAAUACGGCAAAAAUUUUAUCAAGUCUCAAAAGCUCAGCCCAGAUAGUUACUUGCAAAUGGCUAUGCAAUAUGCAUUUUACAGGCUUUAUAAGACUCCUGGGGCACACUACGAGUCGGCUGCUACUAGAAUGUACGUGGGCGGUCGCACUGAAACAAUUCGCUCUUGUUCCACCGAGUCCAUUGAUUUUGCAAAAACAAUGUUAAAUCCUCAAAGCUCCUCUAAAGAUAAAGUAGCAGCGCUCCAAAAAGCUAUAAAAGCCCAUAAGGAUUACACAGUUCAGGCUCUUCAAGGACUUGGUGUUGAUAGACACCUUCUGGGACUGAAGUUAAUAGCUAAAGAAAAUGGUAUUGCAGUGCCUAAAAUAUACUCUGAUGCAGGAUUUGCUAAAAGCACUCACAUGAGAAUUUCUACUAGUCAAGUUGCUUGCAAGUGCGAUGGAUUUAUGUGUUAUGGUCCACUCGUGCCCAAUGGAUACGCUACGUGCUACAAUCCACGCGACAACGACGUGAACUUUGCGACUUCAGCGUUUGUGGCCAAUCCGGAAACUGCAUGUAGCGAAUAUCGAGCUGCAUUGGAACAAUCGCUUCAAGAUAUGCACGAUAUAUUACUUCAAAAUAUUCAAUCUAAGUUAUAAAUUUCAAAAUAGCACUCUGUAAAGAUGUACAUGAAAUUUGUGCGUACCAUUAAAAACGCAAAAUUCAAAUCUUAUCACAAAUUUCCAGUAAAAUUAUAUUUCGGAUUGACUGUCUGUAAAGAACUGAUAUUGUAUGAACUGAAUUGUCACAAAUCCCUAUGUGCCCGUUGUACCUAUAACCUCAUGUAACGGCGUCCCACGGGAAAGCUAGUUAGUGCUAGUUAGGUGCAGUAAUCGGGGUUAAAUUAGGAAAUAUAUUAAUUUAUUCGAGAAAAAUUGGAUAGAUGUAAUUUUAAAUGUUUGGUGUUGUUUUUAAAUUUGCGCGCUGUUGCGUGUAGAGUACACGCGCGUGACACCCCUAGCGUUGCUGUGGACGCCUCUUGAUCUCUGAAACUAUCUGAAAAUAUGAAUUCCAUAAAUCGUAUGUAGCCCAAGCGAGUUCAAUUCGUACUUGACCAGUUUUUCCAUACAUAUUGUUGUUUCUAGUUGCAGAAGAUGAGUUAAUAAUUAAGAAAAUUUACCUAUAUAUAUAUAUAUAUAUAUAUAUAUAUAUAUAUAUAUAUAUAUAUAUAUAUAUAUAUAUAUAUAUAUAUAUAUAUAUAUUUGGUGGUGGUAAUGAUUGCAAAGCGUAAAGUUUUUGUAUGAUAGUAUUUUCUGCUUGGGAUUCCAUGGAGACCCUAUGAUGGAAUACAGUUCACUCAAGGUUU